UAAAAUGGAAAGUGAAAAAUUGCUGAUGGCCGCCGGUGUGACGGCGGCAGUCGUUGUUGGUGCUUUUGUCUUUUGGGGACCCUCGGGCUCAUCCAAGCUUCGUCAACGCCGUGGUCAGAUAGCGGGAUUGCAUAAUUUUGGCAAAACGUGCUUUCUCAACACGCUGCUGCAAGCGCUCGCUGCCUGCCCACAAUUUAUUGCCUGGCUGCAGCUGCACAACACCAAAGAUAAGAAAAGUUUAGUAUCGUCGCUGCAGAACGUGCUGGAGGUGGUGAAUGGUACGCAUCCGACAUUGCGCGGCGAUCCGUACGCACCCGGUGCCGUCAUCCGGGCACUGCACGCUCUCGGCUGGGUCAUAUCACCGGAGGAGCACGAUGCACACGAGCUACUACUAGUGAUGCUCAGCUCGCUAGAGGAGGAAGUAUCGAAACCGCGCAAAAUAGGUUGCCUGUCGGAUGCGCUCGAUGAUGUGGCGGGUGGGUUCGGGGGUGAGAUCGGAUUCCACGCAAUUCCGGCACGCCCGUCAAGUGCGAUGCUGUCGGACUUUUGUAACGCCGAGUACGACGAAUCGACUAACCUGAUGCGUUACACACGUUCCGAGGCACACACACCCGACUCGCCGCAUUCGGUUUGUACGGAGAAUGAGGAACCGUCGCAGGACUGUUCGCUUGUGGAGUUUGGUGCGUCACCCUCUCACACGAUCCAGACGGCUUUUCCUGGUGUUUCCGGGCGACGAUUUGGCAACCGGCAGCCAACUAUGGUGCGACCACAGCCCGGGAACGAUCCGGCACCGGGUAGCGAUGCAGGGAACCAUUUUGCCGGCAAACGCCACUCGGCAUCGUAUCGUUCGCUGGAGCGUUUAAAUCGUGGCCCCGGUAGGGUGUCGGUUUGGGGCGAUAAGCAACACGCCCAAAUUCCUCACCCAUUCCGGGGUGGGAUGGGCAGCCAGCUGUGCUGUGGUGGAUGUGGGCACAAAUCCACGGUACGGUACGAUAAGUUUGACAGCAUUACAUUGCCACUGCCAGAAAUGGCCGCACCCGGGCUCGGCAUCGGCAACCUGCUGUCGGACUUUAUUCAGCCGGAAAUGUUGGAUGCGGUCCAGUGCGAUGCCUGUCACGAAAUUACCACACACACAAAGACACUCACGUUCAGUAAACUGCCCGCCUGUCUUUGUAUCCAUAUUGCACGCACAACGUGGCACGCGAGCGGUCACGUGCACAAGCGCCUGGACAGUGUGCACUUUCCCGAGACGCUCUCCAUGGCACCGUACAGCUUUGUGCAGCCGGGACUGAAUAGCAACAUUAGCACACCGUGGGGAUCGACCACAUCGCUUUAUUCGGCCGGUUUGAUGGCUAGCGCGGGGCAACACGAGUCGGCGGCCGGGCUGGAUGCGAUCGGUGGCAGUGGUAUCAACAGUGGGCCGGAACCAUCCGGUUCGAUGAGCUUCGGUUCGUACACCUUCGGUGCGAUGUUUCCGCGCAAUCUGUAUCGCUUGCUGGCGGUAAUCGUGCAUUCUGGCGAAGCAAAUGCUGGCCAUUUUGUUACGUACCGGCGUGGUGCGCUACGAAACUCCUACAAAUGGUACUAUACGUCGGACACAGUCGUGCGAGAGGUUCCUAUCGAGGAGGUGUUGAACAGCUCUGCUUACAUGCUUUUCUACGAUCGUGGUUCAUCGUCCAAAUAUCCUUAAGAGACGCAAAA